UAGUUGAAGCGACGGAGUUCAACCUUAUCGGAGCUCCCGAGUGCACUCAGAGAGGAAACACGAAGGGAGAAGCAACUGGACUGGGCUGCAUUCAUUCUCGCUACUAGAAUAAACUGUGCACGGUUAUAACUUACAACAGCUACAAGCGAACCAGCCUCUGCCAAGCAGCUGUUGUUUGGAGUGUUAGAUAUAUUAUUUGUUAUCAUUAACCGGACUGCGGAAUACAAAGGACUUUCAAAUACGGUAAACCAGAACAAGAAAAGAAUGAUUGACUUUCAUCUCUGGGAACAAAAAAGUGACAGGAGUCGUUUACUGAAAAAACACAAAAACUAAAAAGGAAGUCUAAAGGAGAAAGUCUUCAACCCCGAACCCCACCCCCCAAUAAACACAGAUAAUAUACUUGUCUUUUAUGGUAUCCUUUUCUGAGUACAAGGAUUCCGAAUUUGACCCCUUGCAGAAAUCUGGUUUCGUCUUUCGCAGCCCGGUGAGUGUCGUUAAGGAAACUGACCAUGGAACCCUAGGAAAGAUUUUGAGCUAACAGGACUGCUGUACUGAAUAAUACGAAUGCCGAUCUGCUAGGGGGAAGGGGAUUAUGUAUUUUGUUCACUGCAAGAACUUUUUGAAACUUCAUCACCUCUGCUGUGUUUGACACUGCCAAUUCGUUGAGUUGGAUCUUUUUACAACACAUUUUGGGGGUUCCCAUUCUGAAAAUGCUGGGUCGCUAUUGUCAAAGAAAAUAAAAAUAAAAUGAGUUUAUUGACGAUGGGGAAGAAGUAACGUCUGAUAUAAAAACAAAAAAAAAAACUGUUUUUGUUACAAAAAAUAACAGGAUUUUAUUCUGUACUUUUUUUUUUUUUUUUUUUUUGAAGAGAGAAAAAAAAAAACUGGCUGAAACGACGGAAUUACAAAAAAAAAAAAUAGAAAAUGUGCAACUCUACGUCCACAAGCUGCGACGUUGUCUCAAAAAUCGACCACCUUUUCCAGCCCACUUUAUACAUCAUCGUGAUUGUCAUUGGCCUGCCCACCAACUGCUUGGCCCUAUGGGCGGCAUACCUGCAGGUGAAACAAAAGAACGAACUGGGGAUCUACCUGAUGAACCUCUCCAUCGCUGACCUGCUUUACAUCGCCACGCUGCCCCUGUGGAUCGACUACUUCCUGCACCACGACAACUGGAUCCACGGGCAGGAGUCCUGCAAGCUCUUCGGCUUCAUCUUCUACACCAACAUCUACGUCAGCAUCGCCUUCCUGUGCUGCAUAUCUGUGGACCGCUACCUGGCCGUGGCCCACCCUUUGAAGUUCGCCAAGAUCCGGCGGGUCAAGACGGCCGUUGCCGUCAGCCUCGUGGUCUGGACCAUGGAGGUCGUGGCCAACUCAGCCCCUCUGUUCCACGACGAGCUGUUCCGAGACCGCUACAACCACACUUUCUGUUUCGAGAAGUACCCCAUGGAGAGUUGGGUGGCCAAAAUGAACCUCUACCGUGUCUUUGUGGGCUUCCUCUUCCCCUGGAUGAUCAUGUUGUUCUCCUACCUGGGGAUCCUGAAGGCGGUCAAGGGGAACGUCUCCACCGAGAAGCAGGAGAAAGCCAAGAUCAAGCGGCUGGCGCUCAGCCUGAUCAUAAUCGUGCUCAUCUGUUUCGCCCCCUACCACGUUAUCCUGCUGUCCCGCAGCACCAUCUAUCUGAUCAAGCCCUGCGACUGCAGUUUCGAGGAGAAGGUUUUUACUGCCUAUCACGUUUCACUGGCUCUCACGAGCCUGAACUGCGCGGCUGAUCCCAUCUUGUACUGUUUCGUCAACGAGGGAGCCCGCAGCGAUGUUACUAAAGCCCUGGCUACCUUGGUCAGGUUUUUCACCAAGGCCAAGCCUCAGGAGCUAGCUAAUGGCUCCGUCACCCUUGAAACCCCGCUGUCCUCCAAGAAGCCCAGCUUCUACAGCAACACGGAGACAAACAGUUACACUUACAACACUGGGCAGGUGGGAUUACAGGAAGAGUGCCUUCAGAUGAAAAUACUGAGUAUCAAUAAAUAAAGAUUGUAUGAAUGGAUUUUUUUUUUAUUGUUGCUUAUGAAAAUAAGCAUUUUUUUUACGUAAUUAAAAAUAUAAUGGAAAAGAACAGGAAAUAUUCAUAUGUUCUUAAUUGUAUUUUAUUUAUAAAAAAAACGUUCAGUUAGGCACUAGGUUCAGUUCCUGUGUAAAAGAAUACAGUUUUUUGUUUUUUUUUGUUUUUUUAAUUUAGUCGUUGCCAAUUAUUUUUUUUAUUAUUUUCUCCCCAAUUUGGAAUGGUCAAUUAAUUUUAGGCUCGGCUCACCGCUGCCACCCCCGCGCUGACUCGGGAGGGGCGAAGACGAACACACGCUGUCCUCCUGAAGCGUGCGCCGUCAGCUGACCGCUUCUUUACACUCUGCAGACUCACCGUGCAGCCGCCUCAGAGCUACAGCGUCGGAGGACAACGCAGCUCUCGGGCAGCUUACAGGCAAGCCCGCAGGCGCCCGGCCAGACUACAGGGGUCGCUGGUGCGCGGUGAGCCGAGGACACCCUGGCCGACCUAAAAAGAAUACAAUACUAACUCAAAACGUCUAUUUUUCAUUCUUUCAAACCACUGAGAUAUUUUUUAUUUAUUUAUUUAGUUAUUUUUUAUGUGUGAAUAAUGUGGUUGGGGUUUCUGUGAUUUAUUUAUGUUACUUCGUUGCAAUCCUACCCAACUCUCUACCCUUCUGAUUUAUUGACAAAAAGUUAAUUCGCGACCUUGAAAGAAAAUCAGAACCAAAUUAAUUUUUCUUUGAAAAAAAAAAAAAAUAUUGAGAACACAAGUUGUAUUUAUUUCUGUAAUUUGAUACAAUUACUUUAGAUGCAACUUUUGCGGUCAAUACAAUUAGAGUAAGUUACCAUAUACAGUUUAAAAAGAGAACAUUUAAACAGCCCAGUUAAAAAUGCUUCAAAAAUAUUACAAAGUAACCUGACCUCAAAUGAGAACAAAGGCACUUAAUGGGUUAGCUCUGUUCGUCUUCCUGCAUUUAACUAGCCAUGUAGUUUUUACCCGGGGAUACAGCACAGGGCAAAACAAUUAACAGUAUGUUACUUCUUGUCUUGCAUAGAAUUGUAGUUUCUUGUGUCAAAUUGUCAUUGAACCCUCCCCACCAUUGGCAUUAUUUUUAGGUAUUUAUGAGAGAGUUUCGCCUGUGUUCAAAGAAACACUUGAGAGCUCACUUGAUGGUAUUCCCCGAGUAUGAGUAACUAUUUGCUUCUGAAUUUGGCUGACUUCUAUAUAUAAACUUGGUCUUCUGUCUCUUGAAUUUACAAAUUAUGUUCCUCCCAGUGCUUUACCCCCUGUGAAUGAAUGUACACAAUGUAUCAGGCUGCCUAAAACUUGCUUGCCAGCAGAGAUGCCAACUAACGCGGACCAAAAUAUACAUAGCAUCUUGCAGUAUUUUUGGACGCACCUUUUCCUAAGCAGUAUCCCCUCCAGCAGUAUUGUGUAACUCAAACUACUGUAAAAUUAAAAUCUACGCUGCUAAAACAGCACUCCCCAAUUUAGUAAGCAAGGCAGAAUAAUGUACUUCAAUAAACCAUGCAAGUACCAACAAAGUAAGUUAAUAUAGACCAGUCAACUCUCCCGUAUUGCGUUGGACCCAGCAAAGGGAACGCAAUGCGUCUCUUGUGAACUGUAAUCAUUUGAGGUGCAUUUUAAGCAACAGUCUCCCCGAGAUAUGAUUUGUUUUAAGUUCCAUGCUUGACCGGCUCAUUUAGAAAAGAAAAUCAAAUGCACUGACACUGGCUGUCCACAGGCACAUACUGUAAUGAGCCAAUGAAGAGCGUGCCACUAAGGGCUGAAUGACAUUAAAGAAUACAGCGCCCCUCAUAAUCUCACUGUUUUAAUGGCGUUAUGCAAUCAAAUUGUGAUACCUGAACAGAACACUGAAAAGCCUGUAAAAGAAUGUCUGUCUGUCUGUCUGUCUGUCUCUGUUUGUGCACCUCUGUCUAUCUUUUUGUCAGUCUCCUGUGCUUGUUGUUUAGCAAUCUCAGGAAGUUUUUUUUUUCAUAAAAUAAAUUAAAGAAAUAAAGUUUUGUAAUUUUUUUUUGUAUAUAUGUGUGUGUGUGUGUGUGUGUGUGUGUGUGUGUGUGUGUGUGUGUUUGUAUUAAAAGGUCAAAUUUGAAAAAAGAAAAAAGUGUUUGUCCAGACUUUGCUUUAUCCCGAUUCACUGUGCUUUAUCAAAUUAACAUUUUAAAACAGAUUUGUUUGAGUUGGCUUAUUCUUGAGCUGGACUGAUUGGUCAAUGUCUUUUUCUAGUUUUUUUUUUUGUAAAGCACC